AAAAUAUGCAGCGUUAGCAGUAGAAACAAAAAAGCUAAGCGUGGUGAAGAAUCCAUUUUAAUGGCAGAUCCAUCUUCUCAGUGCCUUUCAACGUAAAGCAAACACACCUUUUUUUCAUUUCAAGGAUUAUCAUCGAACAGAAGAGGCGCAAUCGAUCUGCGUCCUUCACCAUAUGGCGGAGGACGACGAUGAUGAGGCGUUCGGUGAUUUCUCUUUCGCUCCCUUCCAAUCGAAUUCUCUAUUCACCGCGCCAAAUUCGUCGCCCGCUCCCGCCGCAGAAGACGAGGACGACGAGUGGGGCGAUUUCGUGGAACCGCCGUCGCAAUCGAAGCCAUCGGGAACUGCUGUGAAUGGAGAUCAUCGAUCGGAUGUUUCUGCAUCGCCGGCUUCGUGGAUGAAGCCGCGAGGCGCUCUGCCGCUUUCGCUGUUUGGGGAUGCGGAGGAGGAGGCGGUCGCAGGUGAUUUGGCUGUUCCUUUGGAUUUGAAUCGGCAGAAGAGCAAUGGAAUUUCUGAAGGAGGCGUCAGUUUAGGCUUUGCUGGUAAUGGUGUGUUGAAAACAAAAAGUUUUAGUAUUGCCGAUCUGUACGAUAGGUAUUCACAGACGAAGCAUGAAAGCCGCGAUUUGGUUGUUAAGGAUGAUUCAGUUGUCAAUGGACUUUAUCCGAGUGCGAACCAGAGUACUGCAGAAUCAGCUGUUCCUAAGAUUAAAAAUGUGGAGCUGAGUAAUGAUUCAGCUGUUCCUGAGAUGAAAAAUGUGGAGCUGAGUAAUGAUUUGGUUUUGAGUGAUCAUAAUCAGGUUGCAAACAAGAGUGAUGAUGUGGAGUUCAGUUUUAACUCUUAUAUGUCGGAUCCGAGCAAGGAGGAGGACUUCUUUGGCGGAUGGAAUGGGGAGUUAAAUGGAUUUGGAUCUAAUUUGAAGACAUCUCCUGAAAAGGAAAAUGCAAAUGUGGUGAAGUUGAAUUUAGAUUUGGAUAUGAAUGGGGAUAAGCAACAAUUGGAUGGCUCUAUUACUGCCAUUAAUGAUGAUGAUGAUGAGGAGUGGGACUUUAAGGAUGCAGACUCGGAAUUUCUGGCUCAGGAUGUGAAUAAUAAUGUCGGGUUCAUGGCGCCAGAGGCUUCUGAAAGUAGUCCAUAUCUCUCUGGGACUGGCAUUGACUCAACUAAAUCACUUGAUUUGUUUGGGACUCCUAAUGGAUCCUCCGACUUCUUUGCAAGCUCAAAUGAACCAGUUGAUUUUUUUGCCAACCCAAGCAGUAUUUCUACCACAUCCCAGGAAGUGGAUUUGAUUGGUGACCAUGGGAUUGAGGAACUUGAUGAUGAUUUUGGAGAUUUUAGUGACGCUUCUUCAAAAACUGGACCAAAGCCAAAGGAACUAUUUAUCAAUGGUAUUCAUUCACCCGUUAAAGAUGCAGUGCAAAUUCCAGAUGAAAAAAUUCAGGAGAAGGAUACAAAUUUAAAUCAUCACAGAGGAGCAAUUCCCCUCUCCAUAUUUGGUGAUGAAGAGCCCGAAAAUGGCAGUUCCUCAGAUGUUCAAGAUAUUUUUUCACACCAGUCUAUUCCUGCAAAAAAAAGUGAUCAUAUUGCUAGCACUGUUGACUCUAUCAGUGAUAUGAUAUCAAAUUUAUACAGCCAAGCUGAGCAGACUUCUUCUAUAAAAACUGAGCAUAACCUCAGUGGAAGUCAGUUAAAUCUGCCGAGUGUAGUUUCAAGUUCCGAUUUGGUAGACAAUGACGAUAACGACGACGAUGAUGAUGAUGGUGGUUCAUGGGAUUUCAAGGAUGCCUCAGAAAUCGGAUUUGAUAGUCAGGCUUCUCUUACUAGCGGGGAAGAUGCAUACAUGAGCAAAUCAUCAAAGCUGAAGCUGGAUAGUUAUUUGGCUUUCUAUUUAAAGUUGAAGGAAGAGUUGUGCUUUAUUGGGAAAAACCAUAUUGAUGGACUAAAGAAUGCCGAAGGUGAUGCUGUCCUUUCUGUUGAAGGUGCAAGAGCUGAAUCUUUUGAUAGUGAGUUCCAGUUUCUCUGCAUUGAACUUGCCGAAAACGGUGCUUUUCAGGAUCACAAUACAAGAGAUAGUCAUCUACAUGAGUUUGCUGAAGUUUUGCUGGAGCCACAAUUUCAACGACUUGAGUCAGAGUAUCACUUAUCACAGAAGUUGUUAAUAGUGGAGAAGGAUCUGGGAUCAUAUAUGGGACUCUUAAGACAUACAAAUGCAAUGCUUAAGAUCUUGAACAUAGGAACGCAGGAAGAACAAAAGGUAUAUCUUUCCUUGUGGUCUGAGAUGAUAUCUGUCUGCUCUCAAGAAUUAAGGCACGGUGCCUCAAUUUGGAACGACGCACUGAUGAAACAUGUUCAUAGCCAAUUUCUAUCUGAACCUCAAGGAAGGAAUUUUGUUUUGGCCCUUGGAGAGGUAUAUAGGGUGGUUGUAGUUCUUGGAGCUUCAGCCAAACUUUUCAAGCCUUGGAUUUUAUCCAAUUCAGUAGAUUCGCCUUCUAUCUAUAUCUUACUAGAGGAAUGCCAUGCUGUAUGGUCAACUUCCAGACUUGAAGAAGCUCUUGCAAGUGUAUCAGCGCCAACUACUUUGAGCGAGACAUCAUUAUUCAAGUCCAUCAGACAUAUCGUUGGUCUAGAUGUACCUGAGCUUGAGAACUAUGUUUUUGCAGAAAAAGAAUCUAGGUGUUGGCUGUCUCUCCUAACAGCUGGAGUGGUACCAGACUUGAAGAUCGUAACGUGGGGAAACGAGCAGUGCUUUGUUACACUCGCGAAUCUGUGCGCAAAUAUGAUAAGCCGUUAUCCCCCGAAUUUGCCACAGUUAAUUCUUGGAUGAGAAGGAUAAUUAGUGGACACAUUCAAAAUCCCAAUCUUUUGUAUAUCCAGAAUGGCCUUGUGGAUAUUUGCUAUGGCAAUGCAUACCGGAAAAGAUUGAGCGAUGCCUGGUCUGUAUUAUGUCAAAGAGGUUGCGUUCUUGGAGUUGGCGCCUCUAUCUGCUCGUCAAACUGCAGAAUCAGUGUUUUGAGUUGCAGAAACAGUUUUGUCCAAAGAAAUGAUUCUUUUGUAUUUGUCCCUUUUAAAGUUGUGUAUCAGUUAGAGAAGUUCUGUUUUGCGAGGCACUCUCUUCUUCUCUAUGUUUGUAGUAUUGUGAAUGUAGCUUUGUUUUGUUUUGUUGUAUCAGUGUGUAGUUCUUGUACCUAAAUCAUUAUUUACCCCAAAAUUCAGGUUAAUUAUAGUAAUUUCUUACUGAAGUUGUAAA